CUGGGCGGGCGGCAGCGCCGGGCACACGGCGAGACACCGAUGGGGCCGUGCUGAGCCCCCGCGGGUGCCCAUGAGGCGCCGGGCAGAGCCGAGCCGAGCCGGGCGGGCUCCAGCCAUGCAUCCCGGCGCGCCCGCGGGCACAUGGGGCAGCGCCUGAACCGCUGCCUCGAUGUCCCCGUCGCGCUGCCGCCGCUGAGGCGGAGGCUGCUGCUGCUCUUCAUCAUGCUCUUCCUCUGGCUCUACAUGUUCUACUCGUGCGCCGGCUCCUGCGCCGGGCUGGCUGCCCGCGGCUCUCCCGCGCCGCCCCGCGCCGCCCCGCCGGGGGAGCCGGGCGAGGAGAGCAGCCUGGAGGAGCAGCGGGCAGCGCCCGACGCCGCCAGCCCCAUCUCCAGCUUCUUCAACGGCUCCGGCACCAAGCGGCUGCCGCAGGCCAUCAUCAUCGGCGUCAAGAAGGGGGGGACGCGGGCGCUGCUGGAGUUCCUGAGGGUGCACCCCGACGUGCGCGCCGUGGGCGCAGAGCCCCACUUCUUCGACCGCAACUACGAGCGGGGACUCGCCUGGUACAGGGACCUGAUGCCCAGGACGCUGGAGGGGCAGAUCACCAUGGAGAAGACCCCCAGCUACUUCGUCACCAAGGAGGCCCCAGCCCGCAUCUCCUCCAUGUCCAAGGGCACGAAGCUCAUCGUGGUGGUGCGGGACCCCGUGACCAGAGCCAUCUCGGACUACACCCAGACGCUCUCCAAGAAGCCCGACAUCCCCACCUUUGAGAGCCUGACCUUCAAAAACAGGACUACGGGCCUGAUCGACACCUCGUGGAGCGCCAUCCAGAUUGGCAUCUACGCCAAGCACCUGGAGAACUGGCUCCUCUACUUCCCCAUCGGGCAGAUCCUCUUCGUCAGCGGGGAGAGGCUGAUCAGCGACCCCGCAGGGGAGCUGGGCAGGGUCCAGGACUUUCUGGGCCUCAAGAGGAUCAUCACCGACAAACACUUCUACUUCAACAAAACCAAGGGCUUCCCGUGCCUGAAGAAGGCGGAAGGCAGCAGCAAACCCCACUGCCUGGGGAAGACCAAAGGCAGGACCCACCCCGACAUCGACCAGGAGGUGGUGCAGAGGCUGCGGGACUUCUACCGGCCCUUCAACAUGAAGUUCUACCAGAUGACGGGGCAGGACUUUGGCUGGGACUGAGCCUGGCGUGGGAAAGACCCCCUUGUAAUUCCUUGCCCAGCACGGUUUGCUUAUAUAAAGAGAUAUAUAUGUAUGUAAAAUGUACAGAAAUCUAUUUUAUAAUAAUUUAUUUUUAAUUCCUAAGCAAUUAAUUCACUAAGCUGCCUAACCGCACUGGCUAGAAACGGUAGCCCGUAACCUGUUUAACAUUCCACAGUGUUUAAUUCUAAUAUGUCUCUCUUUUCUUUUUUUUUUUUGUUUUGUUUUCUUUUCUUUUCUUUUCUUUUUUUUCCUCCCUCCCCCCCUUCUGUUCUCUCCCCUUUUUGGUUUGGUUUGUAACAGACAGUGCUUCCACUUUUCCUAAACAGAAUUUGUAUUUAAAAAAAAAGGAAAAAAAAAAUCAAAAAAAGGGAGGGGAGGGAGGGAAAGCACAGGUUUAUUUUUGUUACGGGUAUCUGGCCUUUAUAAAACACUUGCUUUCCCUA